CCCGCCCGUCAGUCGGCGGCGAAGAUGGCGAAGACCUACGACUACCUCUUCAAGCUGCUGCUGAUCGGCGACUCGGGCGUGGGCAAGACGUGCCUGCUCUUCCGCUUCAGCGAGGACGCCUUCAACACCACCUUCAUCUCCACUAUCGGAAUUGACUUUAAAAUCAGAACAAUAGAACUAGAUGGGAAGAAAAUCAAACUGCAGAUAUGGGACACAGCGGGCCAGGAGAGAUUCCGCACCAUCACAACAGCCUAUUACAGAGGUGCCAUGGGGAUAAUGCUGGUUUACGAUAUCACCAAUGAAAAGUCUUUUGACAAUAUUAAAAACUGGAUCAGGAACAUUGAAGAGCACGCUUCUUCGGAUGUGGAAAGGAUGAUCCUGGGCAACAAAUCUGACAUGAAUGAGAAAAGGCAAGUUUCGAAGGAAAAAGGAGAAAAGUUAGCAAUUGACUAUGGCAUCAAAUUUCUGGAAACCAGUGCAAAGUCCAGCAUCAACGUGGAAGAGGCUUUCUUCACCCUUGCACGAGAUAUUAUGACAAAACUCAACAAAAAAAUGAAUGACAACAUUUCGGCAGGGGCAAGCGGGCCCGUGAAGAUCACAGAGAACCGGUCGAAGAAGAGCAGCUUCUUUCGAUGCACGCUGCUUUGAUGAACUUCUCCUAAGAGACUGCAGCAUACCUAGAACAAAAAAAUACCUUUUCCUGCUUCUCCGAAAGCACAGGCUCCGCCCGGCUGCUGCUGAGGGCUCUGCUUGGACCUAGAAUGGGCUAAACCAAGAUAAUGGAUGGAGACUCUCUCUCUGUUGACUGCCAUCGUCUGUCUCCCCCUCCCUCCGAGACGUGGAAGCUGUGAAGUUGAGAGACUCCUGCCUGCCGGAGCUCCGUUUUCUUUCUUUCUUUCACUGCCUGCUUCAAAAACUGCUGAGUAUAUUCUUUGCACAUUUCUGUUGUCCUCGGUGGAAAGUUGGGGCCGAGGCAGAGAUGCCCAGUGGGUUGUUGGUUGGUUGUCCAGUCACUCUAGGAGCCCUCCUUACAGGCUUUGUCUGCUUCAUUUUCUUUCCUCUCCAGCGACUGCAAACGUCUUUGUUUAUCAAGGGCAUGAUCCUGUCCCCCCCCCAGGGGCAGCUAGGGCCUCCGGGGUGGGGGGAAGAGGGGGGGCUCUGCUAUCUGAAACAACAGUCCAUCCUCCCCUCCUUCAGGUGCAGAUCGUUGACCUCCGGUCCAGGCAGGAGGACCUAGGGCUCUGCGGCCUUCAAAGGGGAAUUGGGCCUUGUGGGAAACUGGGGUACACGUACGGUGGGCACACGUUCUGAACCCAGGGAUGCCAAUAAACAAUGCCACCAUAAUGUGGAGGUGGGAAACUCAAACCACUUAAAAGCUCCUGUGGGGUUCAGAUGGUUUAACAAAUACACACACCUGUGUCGGUCGAAAUGAAUUUGCUUUUCUGGUGCAGGAGGUUCCCUUUCUGGGUCCUGGAUGUCCCCUCGCUCUUGUUCCUUAAUCUGGCUCUGCGGAGACUUCGGGUCUGCUUCCUGGGGCAUUUGGUUGAACCCAGGGCCCGGUUUUCCUCCCUGCAUGAGGUGUGGUGACUCUUUGAACGCUGAUAGAGAAGGCCGGGCGGGCGCAGCCUGGGUCCCUGUCGAAAGGCAGCGAUGACUUGACGAGGACUUUCCUUGGGUCUUGAAGACGCAGAGCUUUAAGCAGACUGACACUGAGCUGCCUUUUCCAUUCCGGGCUUGGUGUGUGAUGCCGCAACCGGACUCCUCUGAACGGGUGCUUUGCUUUUAUUGACGUGCCAAACCAACGCGGGGCGGCUCCUGCCUCCCCCACCUGCCCUGGGAAGCGCUGCCUUCCCACAGUCCACUCUGUUCACCGUACAGGAUUUCAUUCCUGAGCACUGACCUCAGUCUUGUUACCUGAAGCAGGUGAGCUAUUUUGGCAGGCCUUCCUGUCUUCAGCUCCUCCAUUGGGCCCUUCGGAAAUGGCUGUGAUGCCCCCCUGAGGGUCAGCAAGUGGGCAGAGUCGGCCUCAUCCUCCCUUCAGCCCAAACGGUGCAGUGCUUUCUUUGAGAUGGGGGGGGGCUGUAUCCACAGGGCGUGCCCACCCUCAAAUCCUCCCUCUCAGGAUUGUCAUGAAACCCAAACUGUCGUUCAGUCUUUCCUUCCCUUGGCUUUCCUCUUGGUAUCCUUUUCUCCCAUAUCUUGGGUUCUGCCAACAGACGCUUCGUCUCUGAGAACAUUCCCUCGAGAGAGCCUGCAACUAGUUGGAAUGUUAUAAAGUGCUUUUUGAAGCAGCAGCAUAUUGGGGUAUCUACUCUGUUUUAUUAAAAAAAAUGCUAUUUUCUUACUUCUAGCUGUGCUACAGUGUACAUAAUUUGAGUAAGACCAUAGGAAAUUCACUUUAAGUUUGGUGUUGUAAGGUUAACACACAAUUAACUUUCCUUUAUAAUGUUAAAGUUUAGGUUUUGUUCCUGUCGGUUGUUUAAGGACAGAAUUAUUUCUUCCCUGCUGGAUUUUUUUUAAGAGACCGUCACCUGAAAACAACCUUAGUCUUAAGGAAGAGGAAUCACCUCUGCAGCCACGUGAAGGCCAAGGUGCCUGCUGAUUUUCCCCCCGCCCUGGCUCCCUGGUAGGGAAAGCUUCUCAAGAGCGAUCUGUUGCCUCUUCUCCUUCUCCAAUCUGGGUGCUCCAGAUGUGCCGGGCUGCUGUUCCCAUCACUCGGGGUUGGCUGCAGCACAGCACAUCUGAUGGGCAGCCAGUUGAGGAAAGGCCAACAGUGGCGGUGGGGUUGACCUCCCCUCCUUCGCAUGAGCAGAGCAGGCCCCUUGCAAAGCGGGGGCCCUCAGAAGCCAACCCUGGCUAGCACUGAGGCCCACCCCGGAGGGCUCCCUGCCUCUUCUGGCCCUUCUUCAGGGGGGGGCAUCGGACCUUGCUCCCCGUGAGAGGAGGGCUUGAGUCCUGCCCCCGUCCUGGGAAGGGAAGGCAGCCCGUCCGUCCUUUCAUCACGGCCGUCUUCUUCUCUCCCACUUUAAGGAUUCUUAAGUGUUACCUGCCCAGUUCCACCUCCAGGCUCCGGGGCUGCAUGUGAGGGAGGCCAUAAAAAGAAACUUCUGAACUUACAUCUUAUGUAUAGUCCCUGUAUAAUAUUUGCCAGCUUUUUUUUAAUAAAUGGGGUAUGUACACGUACCAA